AUGCCCGAGGAGGAGCAGGUCUCGGCUACACUUAGCCAGCAUGAUGGCUCCAGUGGUGACGAGGCGAGAGACAAUGCCUCGACCGACUCUACCGGGGGCUCCAAGAAGCGCAAGCGCAGCAAGUAUCAAAAGACCUCAUGUGAGCUUUGCAAAGCUCGGAAGGUCAAGUGUGAUCGGGCGGAGCCGGCUUGCUCAUGGUGCGCCCGUCAUAACCGCACCUGCGUCUAUCUUGAGAGGCAGAAACCUGGCAGCCGCAUCGGCUUCAGUCUCGAGCUGGAAGCCAAGGUCAACAGGAUUGACGCGCUUCUUCAGACCCUCGGUCGUCGGGUAGAGGAGCACAUCGCCGAAGGACAUGCGGGACAUUCGCAGACGCUCUCACCAGCCAUUAGCACUCACACACAGUCUCACAUCGAUCUCUAUGCACAGGACAGGAACAGAAGCAGCCCUGCCAGCGGUGCUCCUCGAACGACGCCAUCCAUAGCGGCUGGUCCGCCAUCUGCACUCUCAGGUCAGGCUUGGGAUGACGAACAACGACUGGGGCGAAUGCCUGGCCAGGCAAUGACUGUUGACUACAACAAUACAACACUACCUGCCCUACGGAUAACACCUCUCCGACGAGGGCCGUCAUCACUGUCUGCUGGCACAGACUUGCCGCCCCAAGAUAUCGUGUACACCUUGGUCGAUCUGUACUUCAAACACUGCAACACGUGGUCCCCCAUCUUAGAUCGCAAAACAACGUUCAGCAUCUUUUUUGGUUCGACGUCGCUAAACGAAGCCGACCGAGUUCUAUUACACGCUAUUGUAGCGACCACGCUUCGAUUUCUGAAGGAUCCUAGAUUCUCGCCCGAGAUGCGCGCUCACUACCAUGAAACCUCUCGCCAGAUUGUGCAAAUGUACGCGAUGGAGCACGUCAGUGUCGAAGCGCUGCGUGCUCUCGUCAUCGUCUGUCUCGAUGAGCUCGGCACCUCCAACGGGCCGCGAGGGUGGAACUUGUUGUCGCUGCUGGCGCAGAACGCUCGGCAACUCAGCCUGUGCGAGGAGAGUAGCGUUUUUCUCUCUGUUGAAACCAGUGACGACUCGCCCAUGACCGGCUCUAUUAGACGCAUCGCCAUUGACCGACCGCAAUCUUGGAUCGAGGACGAGGGCCGCAGGCGGCUCGCCUGGAUGGUUUAUCUCCUUGACCGAUAUGCGACAAUUGCAACGACGACAUUCGAUUUCAUGUUAGAUGAUACAAAGAUGAAGAGGGUAUUACCCUGUUCUUACGACCUCUUCUCGCGCGACAUUCCGGUUGAGACACGAUCUUGGGGCUCGAGCCCUGACCAACACGGCUCGGCGGGUCUUGUGGUCAACAAGCCCGACAACUUGGGCAGCUUCUCAUAUCACUGUGAGAUUCUACGAAUCCUCAGCAAAGUUCAUGACUUUCUCAAGACACCACUAGAUAUCACAUCAUCCUCUGAAAUGGCGGCCUGGAGAAAUACGUAUCGAUCGCUGGAUUCAUCACUUGACGCUUGGUUGCGAGGGCUACCUGGUGACUACAGCAAGAUAUCUGCCUUGUGUCACUCGGACCCCGCAAGCCGAGUUGCGAAUUGGUUCAUGCUGCACAGCGCAUAUGUCACAGCUGUCGUACGCCUCCACUCUUCCGCGGCAUAUCCGACUGUGAGGUCGCAUCUGUUUGUACCCUCGCAUUACGCCAUGCAGCGCUGCCUGUCAGCUGUGCAGAGCUUGGGUGACAUUGCGCAAGAUGUGUACGAGGCCAGUGGAUUGGAUCACCUCGGGCCGCCAUUCAUCUUCUCCCUCUGGGUCGCGGCUCGCCUGCUGCUUGUUCACGCCGCGACAAUUGGCUGUCCCGUCGACCCGCGCAUCGAAUUCUUCAUCGAGAUCCUUGGGCACGUUGGGCAGUACUGGGAGGUUGCCGACAACUACGCCAAGGUUCUUGCCCGUGUUGUUCAGCGCGGUAGACAGGGCGGCAUGAACUUCAACGCUAUGCGACAGAGCGCACACGGUCUCGUAACACUGACCGGGUCGACUCGACAAACGGGGACUGAGCCUACCUCGACCCAAAUCACGUCGCUCAGCGAGCUGGACAACAUUGACGUGUUUGACUUUUUCAACUACCCCAAGAUAUCAGAACCCGCGGUGCGGGCACUGAGUGGCCAAUCGCAGUCACAAAAUACAGCAAACGGUGAGGUGGCAAGGUUGCCGGACCCAGAGUCGGACUGGCUUGGAUUCGUGCCGCAGGGCACGUAA